UUGCAUAUUUAUAUCUUAAUCAAGUGAAGACGGGGAGACCGGAUGCAGACUUGCACGACACGAAAGAUACGGUGCAACAAAACAGAACUUCCUUCCACAGGUACGGGAAUAGAAAACUGAGAGAAGACUGACUUGAAACCAGCGCGACGACUCCUCACUCCACUGUGGCUUCAAUGGCGUCUCUCGCCAGAAUGCUUCGCUGCAGCCGUGCGAUCGCCUCUCUCAAAACCCUAGCCUCCUCCUCUACUCACCUUCCUCCCACUCUCCCCAAUCGACCAUUGGUGCAUCAGUUACACAUCUCUGCACACCAAGGUCCACAUUCAAGAUCAAUUCCUGGAUUUAUGGUUCCAGCCGUCUUAGCUGGAUUGCUUGGAGUUGGGUUGCUAGAUGUAGCAGCUGCGGAUGCUGAUGAGACUAGUAGUGGAACUGCUUUACCAUCUGGAUCCCCUCCAACACCAAACCACAGUUUCCUGGAGGAACUUGCUAUGAAAGAAAAGAAUCGCCUUGGGGAGUUGAUUAAGACCAAAGGAAUGCUAAUUGGUUCUUACCCUCGUUAUACUGUUGCGGUUAAGGGUCAAAAGCAGGUUGCAAUCAAGUUCCAAGUUCCUCCAACCUGUGAAAUACCAGUUCUUAUCACAAAACUUGUUUCACGUCUUGGUCUUAAACUUGAAGACAAUGGUUCUGGGUCAGAUAUGAUACUGCGAGCUUGGGACAGUGGGAUUGCCUGGCAACUGAUGCUUAGCCGUCCAAAGAAACAAAGUGAAACUGUUGGAAAUGAAGGGAAAGGAAAGGAUACAAAUGCUAAAGAAGAUCUAUGCAUUCUCUUUUUUCGUCCAGUCAUUAGUGCAGACAGAGCUGAAAUUGAGUUCAUGAAGCCAGGCAGCUUUACAGAUGAAGAGCUUGAUACUUUAGUAUCUAUAUUACAGUUAGCAGGACAACAAAGAACUGAGGAAACUAAACCAAGGGGAGAUGCUGCUCGUGUUCCUUCUCCAAAUAAGACAGUUUCUAGCCUGGAAGCUAUGGGAGUCAAAAUUUUUGGAAUUAAUGAGUCAAACACUGAUAUUGGAAAGGCUGAAAUUUCAUGGGAAAAUAUUGCUGGAUAUAGCCAUCAAAAGCGGGAGAUAGAAGAUACAAUAUUGCUGGCUCUACAGAGUCCUGAGGUAUAUGAUGAUAUUGCUCGUGGGACAAGAUGCAAGUUUGAGACAAAUAGGCCUCGGGCAGUCUUAUUUGAAGGUCCACCAGGUACUGGGAAGACAUCUUGUGCUCGCGUCAUUGCUCAUCAAGCGGGUGUUCCAUUGUUGUAUGUUCCCUUGGAGGUCAUAAUGUCAAAAUAUUACGGUGAAAGUGAACGUUUGUUGGGAAAGGUGUUUUCUCUGGCAAAUGAUCUCCCAAAUGGUGCAAUUGUAUUCCUAGAUGAGGUCGAUUCUUUUGCUACUGCUCGUGAUGGUGAAACUCAUGAGGCAACACGUCGAAUUCUAUCAGUGUUAUUACGACAGAUAGAUGGGUUUGAGCAGGAGAAGAAAGUUGUGGUUGUUGCUGCAACGAAUAGGAAACAAGAUCUUGAUCCUGCUCUGAUUAGUCGAUUUGAUGCCAUGAUUGUCUUCCCCCUACCUGAUCAGCAGACUCGUAAGGAAAUAGGAGCACAGUAUGCAAAGCACUUGACAGAAUCAGAAUUAUCUGAAUUUGCAAAAGCCACUGAAGGAUUUUCUGGGAGGGAUAUCAGGGAUGUAUGCCAGCAAGCAGAGAGGCACUGGGCAUCAAAGAUCAUUAGAGGUCAAACUCAAAGAGACGAGCACUGUCCACUUCCGCCCCUUGAAGAAUACAGUGAGAGCGCCAUGAACCGGCAAAGAGCUUUACUUGAUUUAGCACAGCAGAAGCAAGAAUCAGUCUUGAGGAGGAAGCCUCAGUUUGAUUUUGUAUAACUUUUCUUUUUCUAGAUAUGUGUAUAUUAAAUUCCAGACUAGGGUGCACUACCUCAGUGUUCAUACUAAUUCAUAAUCCAGAUUUCCUACACUAA